AUGGUGUUAGAGAAGGCUAUCGAAAAGACCCUACUCCCCCCCACACCACCCUCAUCAGAUCGGCUCACGCGAAGCCCUGGGCCGAGACGCCGCACAGGGAACUCGUCCCCGGCCUCAGACGUCGCGCGGACCCCUUCUUCAGGUUUGGGGAGGGGAUACCGCUCGUACUACCGCCUCCCCUUCCUGGAGGCCGCCCUUCCGCCCCCCUCCAGCUCCUCGCCCCUCCGCAGCCUCAAUGCCGUGGACUGCGAACUGGCGGAGCUGCUCAAGGGCUUCACCCCGGCCUCGAAGGAGCGGGAUCGCCGGCUGCAGGUCCUCAUGGACCUGGAGCUGACUCUCUCCCCCAUCGACCUCCAUGUCGAGGUCUUCGGGAGCACCAUGACAGGUCUCACCACCAUGGACAGCGACCUGGACUGCGUGGUGAUCCGGAAGGAAAAGGACGACGCCCGGGCGGGACGCUCAGGAACCCUCAAAAGGACUCCGCCAGGGCAAUUGGAGGGCUUCCUCUUCUCAUCUUCAAUGAUGGCGAAGAGAAACCUCGCGUUCAGUGUUCGCGACGUCGCGAACGAGAUACGCCGUACGCGGAAGUUCAGUAAGGUUAUUCCAAUCGGGCAUGCAAGGGUACCCAUUGUGAAGUGUCACCACUGUAAUACGGGGUUAAACGUGGAUCUCUCCUUGACGGAGGAUGGUCUUAUUUCUUCAUACUUUCUCUGCGCGGAGUAUAUGCGGCCUGAGAAUGAGAUGGCUAGGGCUCUCACUGUCCUCAUAAAAACUGUAAUCGCAUGCAAUGACCUCGGGGACCCAAGCAAGGGAGGCUUGGGCUCUUUUCCUAUCGCUCUUAUGGUGUUAUUUUUCUUACAAACUGAAGUUAAGGAAAGAUAUCCUGCUACUCUCCAUAACAGCCUUGCCGUUCUCUUUUCAGGGUUCAUAAAGUAUUAUGGAGCGACCUUUGACUUUGUGCGACUUGGAAUCGAUUACGUACGACGAAAGAGUUUUGUAAAGGGACAUGCACACGAAUUAUAUAUAAAGAAUCCUAUCUAUCCAGAGCAAAACUGUGCUAAGGCAGCUCACCUUUACGCCACUAAAGUUGUGCCCUUUUUCAAAAACACUGCCGACGAGCUGUGUCCUUUGUUAGAUGAUAACAUCCCUCAGUACAAGAUUGAUACGAUACUUUCCCGUGUAUUUCGAAAAGCUAUCAAUUACUAUGGCGGCUGGACUCAACUGCAGGAAACUGCCAAUAAAUACAAAGGUGCACCGCAGCAUUCGUGGGAUUUGAGGGCAAACAUAUAUACUGGAAGUUUGGUGGAAAAUCUUCUUUGA